AUGGCCACUUCCACCAUGUCUGUCUGCUCUGACGCCUGCACCAACUCCUCCUGGCAGGUGGACGACUGCCCAGAGAGCUGCUGUGAGCCCAGCUGCUGUGCCCCCAGCUGCUGCCAGCCCAGCUGCUGCCAGUCCAGCUGCUGUGCCCCAGCCCCCUGCCUGACCCUCAUCUGCACCCCAGUGAGCUGUGUGUCCAGCCCCUGCUGCCAAUCUUCCUGCACACCCUCAUGUUGCCAGCAGUCUAGCUGCCAGCCAGGUUGCUGCACUUGCUCCCCCUGCCAACAGUCCUGCUGUGUGCCUGUCCGCUGCACACCUGUCUGCUGCAAACCGGUCUGCUGUGUCUCCAUCUGCUCUGGCUGCCAGCCUGCUUGCUCCCCCUGCUCCCCCUGCAAGCCAUCCUGCUGUGUGCCUGUCUGCUGCAAGCCAGUCUGCUGUGAGCCUGUCUGCUGCGGGGCUUCCCCCUCAUGCUGCUGA